UUUAUUUUCCGCUGCCGGCCAAUCGCCAGCCCGCCUUGCGUCUGUCCGUCGGCGCAGGUGGAGUCGCGGUCAGUUCACGUUAUCGAGCUUGAGCUUGUGUUUUCUCUUCUCGGCAGAUCAAUCAGUCGACGGCCAGCUUUGCCAACCCCUCCUCCUCCUCCUCCUCCUCCUCCUGCUCCUCCUCUUCCAUCUCUUCCCUCAUCUCUCAUCGCUUCUUCUUCCUCGCACGUCUGUCGUUGGAGCGCGGGGAAGAUAGGCAAACGAAGAUAGAGAUGGCACUGGUCGCACGUGCCGCACAUUGUCAGGCUAUGGUCGCCAGCACCGCCGGCGGCGGUGCGCUUGCCGCGGGGGACGUCUCCCCCGAUCACCGGACGUCGUCCGCCAUCCCUCCGCCGAGAUGCCGCCAGUUCUCCGGACUGAAGGGCGUCAUGAUGGCGCCACGUGACAACAAAAGCACCAACCUUGGCUUAUCUGAUGACGUCGCCGACAGCGCAAGUCUCAGUACGGCGAUCGGCAGGUCGCCCGCCCAGCGACGGCGGCGGGGGCGGGGGAGCAGCGCAAGGAUUUGCGCCGUGAUGGUUGACACGGAAACCACGAAAUCGGGCGUUCGAGUCGUACGGAUAGGCACGCGCGGAAGCCCUCUGGCUCUUGCGCAGGCAUACCAGACCAGAGACCGGCUGAAGCAGAGCCACCCCGAACUGCGCGAAGAAGGGGCAAUCGAGAUUGUUGUCAUUAAGACGACGGGGGACAAGAUUCUUAAUCAGCCUUUGGCCGACAUUGGCGGCAAAGGGCUCUUCACCAAGGAGGUGGACGAUGCUCUUAUGUCGUCGGAAGUGGACAUCGGCGUCCACUCCAUGAAGGAUGUCCCUACGUAUCUUCCCGAGGGUAUGAUCUUGCCAUGCAACCUUCCGCGCGAGGAUGUGCGCGACGCAUUCAUUUGCCCAACCGUGUCUUCUCUAGCGGAAUUGCCAGCGGGGAGCCUGGUGGGAAGCGCUUCUCUCCGUCGGCAAUCUCAGAUACUGCAUAAGUAUCCCUCCCUGAAGGUCGUCAACUUCCGAGGGAAUGUGCAGACGAGGCUGAAGAAGCUCAGUGAGGGUGUGGUGGCAGCAACCCUUCUUGCCCUCGCUGGACUCAAGAGGCUGGACAUGGCCGACACAGCCACGUCCAUCUUGUCCACUGAUGACAUGCUUCCAGCCAUUGCACAGGGUGCCAUUGGCAUUGCCUGCAGAGAAGGAGAUGAGGUUAUCGAGCGUUACCUAGCUUCGCUUAAUCACGAGGACACAAGGCUGGCUGUUGCUUGUGAGCGCGCCUUCUUGGCAGUGUUGGAUGGCUCCUGCCGGACGCCAAUUGCUGGACUGGCUGUGAGGACGGAAGACGGAGGCUGCUCGUUCAGAGGAUUGGUUGCCUCGCCAGAUGGGAAACGGGUGCUGGAGACGAGCAGACAGUGCUCAUACACUUUCGAAGACAUGAUUGCGGCGGGCAAAGAUGCGGCCGGAGAAUUGCUUAAGAGUGCGGGACCUGAUUUCUUCAAUUGGUCGUAGUAAGAGAGAAACGACGUCCAUCAGGUUUUGGAAAAGCAUGUAUGUUGGUGGGGUGGGGUGGGGUGGGGUAGGGUGGGGUGGCGACGCUACCUGGGCCUGGGGUGUCAGAGGACGGUGCUCUUCGAUAUUCGCGUAGGGGUUCAGAACGUAGUAGAGAGGGAAAUUAUGUGUGAUGUGUGUGGUAAACACUCUGCCCCCAUGUCCUUCCUUUCGACCCCUGCCAAAGCCCAAAGUUUUGUUGUGAAUCAUCUUUAGCAAUAUUUGUUCUUAUUUUUUCACAUGUUAAGAUUUUCACAUGUUAUAUUUGUUCUUAUUUUUUCACAUCUUCGAAAUUUUCACAUCUUAAGA